AUGCCGGGGAUCAUUGACACCACCACACCCAUGCAGCCAUUGGCUGUUGUAGGGUUCGCAAUGCGAUACCCCGAAGAUGUCACUACACCAGAAUCGUUCUGGCAAAUGCUGAACGAAAAGCGAUGUGCAUCCACCAAAUAUCCAGCAGACCGGCUGAACAUCGACGCUCAUUAUCACCCAGACAAGACACGACUAGAUACUUUGUCUGUCCAGGGCGGACACUUCAUCAAGGGAGACAUCGGAGCUUUUGACGCCCCCUUCUUUUCGGUCACAGCGGCCGAGGCUGAGGGAAUGGAUCCCCAGCAGCGGAUGGCCUUGGAAACGACCUAUCAUGCCUUGGAGAAUGCAGGAAUCUCCAUUGAGAACAUUUCUGGUAGCCAGACGUGUGUCUUUUCAGGCUGCUCGGCAAAUGAUUAUAGUACUUUCAAUGCCAAAGACCCGCAGACACCAGCCAAAUAUGCAGCCUUUGGCCAGGCUAUGUGUAUGAUAUCUAAUCGUAUUAGUUGGUUCUACAACAUGCGUGGUCCCAGUGCAAAUGUCGAUACAGCGUGCUCCAGUAGUCUUGUGGCGCUGGAUAUGGCAUGUCAGUCGAUACGGAGCGGAGCGUCCAGCAUGGGAGUUGUCCUUGGUAUCAACUUGAUGUUCGCCCGAGAGUGGACAAACUCGCUGGAUAACCUAGGAUUCUUCUCGUCAGACGAUCGAUGUUUCAGCUUCGACAGCCGUGCAAAUGGCUACGCUCGGGGUGAAGGUCUAGGUGCACUGGUCAUCAAGCCUGUUCAAGAUGCCAUCCGCGACGGUGAUACCAUCCGUGCUGUGAUUCGGUCAACCCUUUCGAACCAGGAUGGUCGAACUCCUGGUAUCACCCAGCCCAGUCGGCAAGCUCAGCAAUCACUGAUCGAGGAGGCUUACCGACAAGCUGGGCUGAGCCCGGCAGCUACACGAUACUUCGAAGCACACGGAACUGGUACCCCUGUCGGAGAUCCGAUCGAGACACGGGCGAUUGGUGGUGUGUUCCGUCAGCAUCGCUCAAAGGAAAGCCCACUCUACAUCGGCUCCGUCAAGUCGAACAUUGGACACCUCGAGGGUGGAAGUGGUGUGGCAGGAGUGAUCAAGACUAUCCUCGCCUUGGAAAGAGGCAUCAUCCCACCCGUCAGUGGCAACUUCGAAUCGAUCAAUCCAAAGAUUGACACGGAGCACUUGAAUCUCGAGGUUGUCUCGAGUCCCACCCCUUGGCCUCGAGGACUGCGCCGGGCGUCGGUGAAUUCCUUUGGUUUCGGCGGUGCAAACAGUCAUGCUAUCCUGGAAGAUGCUCAUCACUUUUUGCUACAUGCAGGUCUGCAGGGCUUCCACAACACUGUGAUUGAGCCUCCGUCGCAGCGGCAACAGAAAAACCUCGCAAAUGGCAAUCAUGCCGAUGGCGAUCGUGCGAGCGGUGAUCAUGCUAACGGCAAUUAUGUCAAUGAUGCAGCCAGCGAGAACAGUGAGGAAACAAUCAAUGAGGCUGUCACAGAGCUCGUCAUGAACGGCGACCAACCCAAGCCCAACCCCCGUGUGUUGACCUGGUCAGCUGCCGAUGAGGCCGGUAUUUCUCGACUUGAUGAAGUCUGGAAAGAAUACUUCAACAGUUCGUCACUGUCUAAGAAUGAGGCUGGGCCAUUCAUUGAGAACUUGGCGUACACCUUGAACACGAGGCGAAGUCGACUUCCAUGGACAGCCUAUGCCAUUGUGAAUCCCGACGAUGACAUCAAACAGAUCGGAAGCAAAUGGAGUUCCCCGAUCAGAUCGAAGUCGUCUCCUAAGCUGGGAUUUGUGUUUACCGGACAAGGAGCGCAGUGGGCCACCAUGGGCCGUGAGCUACUGACCUGCUAUCCAGUUUUCCGCAACAGCCUAGUCAUGGCGGGGAUGUAUUUGCGGUCUAUUGGUUGUUCCUGGGAUUUGCUAGAGGAGCUUGAAAAGGGUGAUUCUGAAUCUUCAAUAAACGAGCCAACCUUUGCACAACCUCUUUGCACCGCAAUCCAAGUCGCCCUGGUCGACCUCAUGCAAAGCUUUGGUGUGAUUCCUGAAGCUGUCGUCGGCCAUUCAUCUGGAGAAAUUGCAGCAGCUUACUGCUCGGGCGCCAUCUCACAAGAGUAUGCAUGGAAACUUGCAUACUAUCGUGGUGCCUGUGCCGCCACACUCGCUGCGACCAGCACGACGGAUGGCACCAUGAUGGCCGUCGGUCUCUCUGCUGAAGAUGCUAAGCCUUACCUCGAGCGACUAACUGAGAACGGGGAUAUGCUGCGUGUGACAGUGGCUUGUAUCAACAGUCCAAAGGGCGUCACCUUAUCCGGCUUACGCCACCAGAUCGUGACGCUGAAGAAGUGGCUGGAUGAAGAGAAGGUUUUUGCUCGUAUGCUGCCAAUCCCCGUGGCAUACCACUCUUUCCAGAUGGAGGAGAUUGCGGGCAAAUAUCGACUCAGUGUGGGAGACUGCACCAGCGUUCCUCGGGGUGCUUCAUCCAGAAAAUCUCGUAUGGUGUCUUCAGUCACCGGUGAGUGGGUGUUGGGUGAACAGUUAUCCAAGGCCGACUACUGGGUGAAGAACCUCGUCUCGCCGGUUCAAUUCCUGGGUGCUUUGGAGAAAAUCUGCGUAGCUACAUCGACACCCCCAACAAAGAAACUGGACGGCAGCCAUCACAAGUUCCUCACUGUCGAUACUCUUGUUGAGAUUGGUCCACACGCCGCAAUGCGAGGUCCUGUCCGAGAUACAUUGCGACGACUCGGCCAGGACAAGAAGAUCGGCUAUGUUUCAGCCUUGAUGCGCAAGGCAAAUGCCAUCCAGACAACCUUGGACGCCGUCAGUCAGCUGUAUUGUCUGGGGUAUCCAGUAGAUCUAUCUACUGUCAACUCAACAUACUCUGGAGAGAAAAGAGUCAACCGCUCGUCGAAGGUACUGAGUGACCUGCCAUCAUACAGCUUCAACCAUACCAAAUCCUACUGGCACGAAGGCCGUGUGAGCAAAGGCUUCCGAUUCCGUCAAUAUGGACGACACGAAAUGCUGGGCUGGCAGGAUGAUGACUGGAAUCCUUUGCAGGCUAAAUGGAGCAAUUUCCUGCAGCCAUCAGACCCAGUUUGGGUUAAAGAUCACAAGAUCAACAAUACCAUUAUCUUGCCUGGAGCUAGCAUGGUUACGAUGGCGAUUGAGGCCGUCAAACAGGUUACCGAUCCCAAGGAAGUUAUAACUGGGUUCAAUCUCAAAAAUGUCAACUUUCUGUCGGCUUUGAAGGUUCCCACAGAUGGCUCCGGAAUCGAGACGCGUUUUUACAUGCAACCUCGCCAGGGCGACGGUUGGUAUGACUUCACUCUCUGUAACUACAAUGGAGAGUGGAUUAAGAACUGCACCGGUUCGAUCCAAGCUGUUCGUCAGCGAGCAGCAAACCCAGUUGAUAACGGUCGUGUCUCGAGGAAGACUCAGGCUCUUGAGCUUGCUGCGUUCAGUGCGAUGCAAGAAGCUUGUCCGGAGGUUCUGGACGCAGCGCACUAUUACAAAAUGCUCGGCAGUUACGGCUAUCAGUUUGGGCCGACAUUCUCGACAGUCGAAGGCAUUAUGACUGACACAGAAAACCAGCUGAUCACUCAGAUCAAGACGUAUGAGACUGAUAGUGCGCUGACAUUCAAUGAGACUUAUACCAUCCACCCCACAACUUUGGAUGGUUUGAUGCAAACCACGCCCCUGCUUCGAUCGCAGGGAGGCCGGAGGCAGAUACCUGUCUCCAUCCCGGUACAUAUCGGUGAAGCUUGGAUAUCCAACCGUGGGCUCGACUACGCAUCCACGGACUCGAUCAAUGUUGGAACAACAAUUCACCAUAUCGGUCGCCAGGAGUCCGUCUCGAGCAUCGCCGCUCUCAACAAGGCCCAGGAUGAGCUCCUCAUUACCAUGGCUGGCGUCACCUUUGCUGCAGUGGGAUCCAAUGAAUCCGGUAAUGGUGACGAGGAAACCGCCACAGGUCCACUCUGUCACAACAUCGAAUGGAAGCCGGAUUUGGAUCUUCUCAGUCCCAGCGAAAUCCAACAGUUGUGCGACGAAGCAGGCCCUGACGCUUCUAAUCAAGAAGGACCAAUGGCUUUCUACUUGAACGUUGAUCUGAUGAUCACAGGCUUCAUUGUCCGAGCAGUCAUUGCCUUGAACAGCACCGGCACAGAACUUCCAGGUCACCUGCGUGGAUAUCAAACCUGGCUCAUGGACCAAUACAAAGCUUUGCAAACGGGGCUUUCACCAUUCAGCUCGGCCUUCUGGCAAGCGAAAAUCAAAGACGACGAGGAAUUCGAACGGUUCUGCUCUCGCAUAGAAGGUCUCAACGAGCAGGGCAAGCUGUUUGCAACAGUUGGAAGAAAUCUGGUCGCCGUCGCAUCAGGAAAGACCACGGCUUCAAAAAUCGUGCCAUUCGACCUGGUCUGUCGAUCAACUGAUGAGAUGUGGGAGAAGCUGGCCUGUGCUCAGCGCUGGAAGCCAUUCCUUGAUGCAUUGGCGCAUAAGAACCCCGGCAUGAAAGUUCUCGAACUCAGCUCCGAUAUGGGCUCUAUUGCUCAUCAAAUAGUCAAGGCUCUAGGGGGUAAAGAAGCUGACAGUCGCCGUGCGCCGCGCUAUGCGCGCUUUGAUGUUGCAAACAGCUCUAGCAGUCAGUUGACUACGAUCCAGAAGCAGUUUGAUGACUAUGGCCCACGGGUGUCGUUCCAAACGUUUGAUGCUAAUGAUGAUCCAAGAGAUCAGGGCAUUGAGGUGGGGACAUACGACCUUGUUGUCGCUACUUUGUCCCUCCAUGCCACCAAGUCAUUGGAAGCAUCAUUGAAAAACGUGAGAAAUCUGUUAAAGCCCGGUGGGAAGCUCAUCAUUAUCGAAGUCACCAACUCUGAAACCUUCCGAAAUGGCUUCUUGUUCGGUUCCCUUGAACGAUGGUGGCAAGGUACCGAGGCGUACCGAAAACAAAGCCCUUGCGUUAACGAAGGCAGAUGGGAACAAGUGCUGUUGGAAACCAGCUUCUCGGGGUCUGAAAUUUCUCUGGUUGAUUAUACCAACCCAGCCUGCCAUGAGAUCACGAUGAUCGUUUCGACUGCCGUUGCUCCAGAGGAAACGUCGGUGACAAUCUCCAACGUGGCCCUCCUGUUUGAUCCGAGUGCAGCGAAUCAAAAGAGCUUGGCCGAAACAGUUGAACAUACACUGAAGCGUUCAGAGCCAUGCUCUGUCCAGCAGUGGUCCGUCCAUGAGGAUCUGCCCAAUCAAGUGCCUGAUGAUCUCGUUUGUGUUGUGCUUCUGGAAGUUGGCCAACCCGUCCUAGCUGAUCUUGAUCCCAAGCUCUUCAAACUGCUCCAGCAUCUUCCCUCUGUUGCCCAUCGGAUUAUUUGGGUUGGCUCUGGGGGAGAUAUCAGAUCAUCGCCCGGUUUCCGCGUGGUAGAUGGUCUCUUCCGAGUUCUGAACUCUGAAGACUCGAGGGGAAGUUUCACCACGCUCUCUUUGGAAGACAAUUCAAAGACAGACGCCGAUAAAUCGCAGAAGAUCCACAAAGUUAUGCGAGCGAUUUUUAGCUCUCCAGAGCCUGAAACUGAGUACGUCGAGAAAGACGGCCGUCUCCAGAUUAACCGACUGGUAGAAGCCACCGGUCUCGACCGUGCCGUUACACAGUCACAGGAUACGAAAACAAUGAAAUUGCAGCCGUGGAACUGCGGUUCUGCACUGAAGUUGAGCAUCGGGUCACCUGGUCUCCUGGACAGCCUUCACUUUGUCGAAGAUAAAGACCGUGACUUGCCCUUGCAACCACAUAUGCUAGAGGUGAAGGUACAAAGUGUAGGUGUCAACUUCCGGGAUGUUCUCGUUGCCCUUGGUCGAUUGGAUCAAACGACUGUUGGAUUCGAGUGCUCUGGUAUUGUCACUCGUGUUGGCAGCGACAGUGGUGAUUUCAAGCCAGGAGACCGCGUCACCGGUUGUGAGUUUGACACCUACCGGAGCCACGUUCGGUUGCAACGCGACACGGCUGUGAAAAUGCCGGAUGGAAUGUCCUUUGCUGCCGGCGCCGCCAUCCCAAUCAACUUCAUCACAGCUUGGCAUGCCUUUGCCCAAGUCGCGCGCCUUGAGCCAGGCGAGACCGUGUUAAUCCAUUCAGCUACGGGAGGAACAGGACAGGCCGCUAUCCAAGUGGCACAGUACCUAGGAGCGAAAGUGAUUGCCACUGCUGGAAGCAUUCAAAAGAAGCAACUCCUGAAGGAUCGGUACGGUAUUCCUGAAGAACGGAUCUUCUCCAGCAGAGACGUGCAGUUCGCCGCUGGCGUGAAACAGGUUACUGGCGGCCAGGGUGUUGACGUUGUGCUGAACUCCCUGUCUGGAGAUUUACUCGCGGCAUCCUGGGAGUGCAUUGCUCCCUAUGGACGAUUCGUGGAAAUUGGCAAGACGGAUAUUCUUGCUCAUCGUUCACUGGACAUGUACCAUUUUGCUCGAAACGUCGGUUUCAAUGCCAUCGAUGUCGCUAUGAUGGUCAAGGAGCGACCCCGUCUAGUUGGCAGGGCUCUCCGUGCAGUCAUGCCGCUGAUUGCCGAUGGGACUUUUACUCUUCCUGGUCCUCAGCAUGUGUACGGUAUCGGGGAGUUGGAAGCGGCGUUGAGAACAUUGCAAGGAGGGCAGAGUUCAGGAAAGGUGGUUUUGGAGAUGCGUCAUGACGAUUUGGUUCAGACAAUCCUCCCUCCCCAGCCUUCGUAUUCCUUCAAUCCUGCUGGCACUUAUGUGAUAGCCGGUGGACUCGGAGGCUUGGGCCGUGGUAUUUCCCGAUGGCUCGUAUCGCGCGGCGCCCGCCAUCUCUUGCUGCUGUCUCGCUCCGGCCCAAAGAGCAAAGACGCACAGUCUCUCAUCAAAGAAUUAACGGACCAAGGAGCUACAGUUGUCGCCCCCGUUUGCGAUAUCACAAGUCAAUCGGCAGUGGAAGCCGUACUGGGACAGCUCCCGUGUACCAUGCCUCCUAUCAAGGGAUGCAUUCAAGCUACGAUGGUUUUGAGGGAUAUGAUGUUCGAGCAAAUGACAUUCCAGCAGUGGGAGGAGGCAGCAGCACCUAAGAUCCAGGGAUCUUGGAACCUUCACCAACUACUACCCCGCGGGCUGGACUUCUUCGUAAUGCUCUCCUCCAUUUCCAGCAUCAUGGGCAACCGGGGUCAAGCCAACUAUGCGGCCGCCAAUACAUACAUGGAUGGUCUGGCCCAUUACCGGACUGCCAUGGGUGAGAAAGCCGUGUCGUUGAAUUUGGGCUUCUUCUUGUCUGCUGGUGUCGUGAAAGAAACGGCAGCGCUACAGGACCGAUACGCAUCGGACUUGCUCUUCAGACCUGUAGCUGAACCCGAGCUGUACGCUGUCCUCGAUUACUACUGUGACCCAUGCAGAGAAGCUCCCUGCGACCAGACCUCCCAAGCAAUAGUCGGAAUCGGUAUUACCAAGAAACUGCAAGAACGCGGUCUCGAUGCCGCCUACUGGCUCGAGAAACCAGCCUUCAAACACUUGGUCGCCGCAGAAAGUGGUGAUGCAAGCUCUUCGACCUCAUCCAGUGGCACGCAAAUCUCUUCAGACUUCGCUGCCGCUGAUUCAUUGGCCUCGGCCAGCGCGAUCGUCACUGAUGCAUUGGUAGCCAAACUGGCCAAGACGCUGGCUGUAUCCAAGGAGGAAUUCGACGUGAAUAAGCCCAUGCACAGCUACGGAGUUGACUCGUUGGUGGCAGUCGAGUUGCGCAACUGGUUUGCGAAGGAGCUGAAGGCUGAAAUCGCUAUUUUCAACAUGCUUGGUGGUGCCACCAUUGCCAAUGUUGGUGCGCUGGCUGCGAGCAAGAGCUUUUCAGGAAAAGCAUAG